AUGUCGGCUCCCUUUUACUCCCGCUACAUACCUCCCAGCUCGCUCUCUUCUACGCCAGUCACGUCCCCGAAGCGGAAAAAAGCAGCUCAGGAUGCACCAGCGUGGCCCGCAGCCGAGACGACACACGCACGGACUAAGGCGACCAAGGACGACUCCAUUGCAAGUCGUCCAACCAGUUCGACCAGCCGUUCGGAUCAGAAUCCCGUUCCUGAAAAGAAGACGAGUAAGAGUACCGGCAAGAUUCGCGGCAUACAAAGUCCAAACUCGCCGCCAGCGGGACCCAGGCUCAAUGAACUUCCUGAGAACUCGAAGCAAGAUUCGGUCGGCCAGGAUGACAAAACAAACCAGGGAGUAUGCAAAUCUCGUCCGGCAGAUGAAAGCUCUUCGCCUUUGAUAAGUUCUGGAAGCCGCCCUUCCCCUCAGCAUACGGAGCCGAUCUCACAGCACCUCAAGCGGAAGCGCAAGCCUGCCGACGAGCCAGAUACCGGAGAUUCAGCUCUGCCUACGAAACACGCCAAAAUUAUAUCUAAAUACGAAAAAUACACCGCGAAAGCCCCAAUUGCCGCCGAUGCUAGAAGCCCCGAUGCCAGCGAAAGGCCGAUCGGAUCACACGAGGAGACUCCUGUGUACGGUCUCUCGCCUUUACCCCAGCCGGCUCCUGCACCCGAAUCGUCUCGAUCGCCUUCCUACGCUACACUUCCAGAAUGGCUAGCCCAUCCGCUUAUCGUCUCUUCCGAUGCUGGCCGACCCUUUACCGACCUUGGCCUUCACUCCAAGCAAAUAUCUGCCCUCGCCAGCCAAGGAUAUUCCCAAGCAAUGCCGGUUCAAUCGGCGGUUAUUCCACUCGCUUUGAACGGAAAACAUGAUGGAGAUAUAUGUAUUUCCGCCGCCACCGGAUCAGGGAAAACUCUUUCCUACGUCUUGCCGCUCAUUUCAACCAUUGAACCUUUUCCGGUCGGCCAAUUACGCGCUUUAAUAGUCGUCCCAACCCGUGAACUUGUAAAGCAGGUGCGCAAAACCUGUGAUCUUUUCGUUCCUGGCACUGGCCUCCGAAUUGGGACUGCCGUAGGAUCUACUGCUUUAAGAUCUGAACAGUCCCUCCUGACGGACCUCGAUCAGGCUUACGAUCCGCGUUUCCUGGAAAAUAACUCCAAUAUUUUCACAAGUAACAGCGACUGGGCAAAUUUUAAUCUUCAGGAUUACAUCUCUGAAUCAAAGGAGCUCCACGAUGCUCUCCCCAAUCAUCUCUCUACACCUUUCGCCAAUGUUGAUAUCCUUUGGGUAGUUAUUGAUGAGGCCGACAGGUUACUAAACGAAAGUUUUCAGGAGUGGGCAAGCACUGUUAUCCCGGCCAUCGAAUCCAAAUCCAGUUACACCACAAGCAUUCCUCUGAAUGCUGAGGGUUCCUCUGUUGGACACCGCUCCCCUCGAAAAAUAAUAUUGAGCGCCACUAUGACAAAAGAUGUUAGCAAGCUGAAUUCGCUACGCUUGCGCAACCCCAAGUUUCUGGAGGUCCACGCUACAAGUAACGAAAAAAUAUCGUCACAAGGGACAAUAGGAAACACGCAGUCAGAAUGCUACCAGCUCCCUACAACAUUAAACGAGAUAAUUGUGCCUGUUGGAGACGGCUCAGAUAAGCCUCUCGUUCUGCUCGAAUUGAUGAUUUCUUUUCUGAAUUGUGCGACCUCAACAUCAACUCCGGUUCCGACCAAGCCUGCCAAGUACCACAGAUCAUCUUCAGAAUCCAGCGAUUCAUUCGACAACGACCUUUCUUGCACAUCGCCCAUGGGACGAGAGCUCAAUUCCCACCACAAUGUGACAUGCAAUUCCAAACCGACAACAAUGUGGCCUUCUGCAUUAAUAUUUACCAAGUCAUCGGAGAAUGCAGGCCGGUUAGGCCGUCUUUUGACGCUCGUUAACCCAGAUCUUGCCGACAAAAUUGGAGUUUUAGUUAAAUCUAACAAAUCAAACGCAGCCCGAAAGACCCUAGCCGCAUACCAGCAAGGGAAAGUUCGGAUCAUCAUUGCUACCGAUCGAGCUUCCAGGGGGCUUGAUCUUCCAUUCUUAGAACAUGUCAUUAGUUAUGAUAUUCCUUUAAGUGCAACUAGUUAUAUUCACCGUGUCGGGCGAACGGCUCGCGCUGGACAGCAAGGGACGGCAUGGUCCCUUGUCACCCACAAUGAAGGGCGAUGGUUCUCAAAUGAGAUCAUCAAGGGCAUAUCCGAUACUGCUCACCGGUCAAUCAAAAGAACUGUUAUCAAACCCUCGACCGAUUCCGCCUUGCAGAACGGAUAUGCAUCCGCACUCAAGAAGCUUGAGGAAGAAGUUCUUGCAAGUGGUCAGAAAGUAGAAGCAGUUCUCAACACAUAA